AUGCCCGCGGGUCGCGCCCUCGUUAACAAGCCGUCACAUCUACAUUAUUACAUCGGACCUAUUUUCUUCUCACGCCAUGCCCCGACGCUAGUUAUAUCUGUGCUCGAUGAAGUCUCCUCCGUCGCUAGACUCCUUCCCCCCACGAUCCCCGUCGACACCCAUCCCAACCGCGCCCCAGGGUCCAAUUCCCCUGAGCUCGAACGGUCUCUUCCCGACCCCGAUCGACUAGCGCCCGAGGAUGCAUACUUCGCGCCCUCACUCUCGCGCGCCCGGUCAGUGCCCAGCAACUACGAGGAAAAUCUGCGGUCGUUGAACGGCGAUGGUAGUGCCCAUAUUGGGUCUGCUGCGGCGUUGCGGAAGAAGUUGGGCGGUGCUGGACGGCGUCGGAAGCGGAAAGGGGCUUGGAAGAAGUUGCUUUGGGUUAAGCAAUCGUAUCCGGAUAACUAUACCGACACGGAAACGUUUCUCGACCACCUUCAGCGUAAUCCUCGGGUGCGGCCGUAUGAUUUCUGGCCUCUGGUGGCUGAUUCGACUGUGAUUGUGCAGCAUGUUUGCUCGGUGGUUAUCUUUGUUUGCUGCUUCGUUGGCAUUGUCCACCAUCGAGUGAGCCCUGUCUCAAUUGUCUGCUGGGGAAGUGUUGGUACGGCUGUGGGCUGGAUUCUGUGGGAUAAUUGGAUUUGGAAGGAGCACGAGGAGUCCGUGCAAAGUGCAGAUGGGGUCGCUACAGGUGAUGAUGGAUCCAGUUCGACUUCGCUUGCCAGCGCCCUCGAUACACCGGCCAAUGACACUCCAUCCGAUCAUACGAAGACGAACGCCAUUCACGGCCUUGGGCUGUCUAUGUCCGGGAAUGAAUCAAGAGAGCAAUUCGCCCGUCGCAGUGCUGAUUUCAGUGAAAGCAUCGACGCAGUGGCUCAUUUGACAGCGCAAAGUGGUGUGCCGUCUGCUCCAGGCAGCUCUAUCGUUGGCACUACGGAUCCGUGGAUAUCGCAUGAUACCCACCGCAUUUCGAUGCUAUCACCGCGCAACCGCCAGCGUUUGACUACAGUCAAGUCGGCCUUCCUUAUUUACUUCUCCCUGCUAGGCCUCAGUCCCGUCUUAAAAUCUCUUACCAAGUCCACUGCCAGUGACUCUAUCUGGGCGAUGAGCUGCUGGCUUAUAAUCAUGAAUAUAUUCUCUUUCGACUAUGGGAGCGGGGAAGGCGCAGGCGCCACCACAAAGUUUCCAGCUUCUUUGUCCACGAACGCAGCUGUGAUGGCCUCGACCGUGCUCGCGUCUCGGCUGCCUUCAACGACCCACGUGUUCAGUCUCAUGCUGUUCUCGAUGGAAGUAUUUGGGCUGUUCCCCAUUUUCCGGCGCCAACUGCGACAGAAAUCAUGGACUGGUCAUGUGCUCCUGACGCUGACCCUUGUGAUUGUUGCCGGUGGCGCUGUUGGUGUCACGUUGAGUGGCGGAUGGGCAGCAGCCAUCAUUGGAUCUGUCCUAGGAAGCAUACUGACGGCAUUUGUGAUGGGCGGGUGCAGCUGGUGGCUUAUCAGCUUGCAAAAGUACAAGAACGUUGUGAUCGGUCCCUGGGACCCUGCCCGGCCGAUUAUUCGGCGCCACUGGAACUAAGCCCCCGUGUUUGACUAUUGAUGACUUUUAGCACCAUUGUAACAUAGAUUGUC